CCGCCUGCAGGGGAGGGGCCGGGCCUCAGCCCGGGAUUUGGUCACCUCUUCCUUAUUCUCCGCGGCGCCCAUGGUCCCUCCUGUUGCCAGGGUGGCGGGCCCGGCGGCUCCCGUGUGGUGAGAGAGAGUUUUGGGGACGAUGAAGGCCCCGCACUGCUGCUGCUGUCUCAGCCGCCUCCUGACCUCCGUCGUCCUCUUGCUCCUGCUGCCAACGCUGAGCGGGCCUCUGGCGGUGCUGCUGCAGGCGGCCGAGGCCGCGCCUCCAGAACACGGGCCGCGGACCCUGUCGCCGCUGCCGCCGGGCCCCACCGCUGCCCAGCAGCCGGGCCGUUCUCCGGCUGAAGCCACGGGGCCUCGUGCCUCAGAAGGCGGCAACGGCAGCAGCCCCGGGGCGGGGCUUGCGGCGGUCGAUCACGGAGGGAAGGCCGGGGAAGUCUCAGUGGGUGGCGGCCUCGCGGUGAGCCCCAACCCUGGCGACAAGCCCAUGACCCAGAGGGCUCUGACCGUGCUGAUGGUGGUGAGCGGCGCGGUGCUGGUGUACUUCGUGGUCAGGACAGUCAGGAUGAGAAGAAGGAACCGAAAGACUAGGAGAUAUGGAGUUUUGGACACUAACAUAGAAAAUAUGGAAUUGACACCUUUAGAACAAGAUGAUGAGGAUGAUGAUAACACCUUGUUUGAUGCCAGUCAUCCUCGAAGAUAAGAAUGUGCCUUUUGAUGAGAGGACUUCAUCUUUCUACAGUGAAGAGCGGAGUUUCUACAUUUAAGGAAUAAGAAGCCACUAUAUCAAUGGGGGGGGGGUAUUUAUUUAAGUUACAUAUAUUAUGACAACCUUUAAUUUGUUGUUGCAAUAAAUACUGUAUCUUUUUUUAUAUCUUUGUAUGUAUAGAAAUGCUCUAUGAAUGAGCUCAGAGUUGUUGAAAAUAAAUUGUAUAUAAUAGUUUAUCUGUUUGAAAAUUACUUUAAAAUGGUAUU